CCAACAAAAAAAAAAAAAAAAAAAAAGCCAUGAAACCGAUUCAAUCGCCUCCUGGAGUAUCUUCACCUAUGAAGAACCGUUUACGGAAACGUCCUGACCUAAGCUUACCACUCCCACUCCGCAACGUCGCUCUCGCUGUACCUCUCCCUCUCCCACCUCCCUCCUCCUCCUCCUCUGCUCCGGCGUCUUCAUCUGGCACCCAAACCAACAGCUUGUCCGAGCUAGAACGAGUGAACCGAAUCGGAAGCGGAGCCGGAGGGACGGUUUACAAAGUAAUCCACCGUCCGACGUCGCGUGCCUUCGCUCUCAAAGUGAUUUACGGAAACCACGAAGAGACUGUGAAACGACAGAUCUGUAGAGAGAUCAAGAUCUUGCAUAGCGUGGAUCAUCCUAACGUUGUGAAAUGUCACGAGAUGUAUGAUAAUAACGGCGAGAUCCAGGUUUUGCUUGAGUUGAUGGAUCAAGGAUCUCUUGAAGGAGCACAUGUCUGGCAAGAAGAGGAAUUAGCUCAUCUCUCUCGCCAGAUUCUUAGUGGAUUAGCUUACCUUCACCGCCGUCACAUCGUUCACCGUGAUAUCAAACCCUCCAAUCUUCUCAUUAACUCGGCUAAGACUGUCAAAAUCGCUGAUUUUGGAGUGAGUCGGAUCUUGGCUCAAACCAUGGAUCCUUGUAACUCCUCUGUUGGCACUAUUGCUUAUAUGAGUCCUGAGAGGAUCAACACUGAUCUGAACCAUGGCCGUUACGAUGGUUACGCCGGAGAUGUAUGGAGCUUAGGUGUUAGCAUCUUGGAGUUUUACUUGGGGAGGUUCCCUUUUGCUGUGAGUAGACAAGGGGACUGGGCCAGUCUAAUGUGUGCCAUUUGUAUGUCUCAGCCACCUGAAGCUCCUCCCACGGCGUCUCAGGAGUUUCGUCACUUUGUUUCUUGUUGCUUGCAGAUUGAUCCUCCUAAGAGAUGGUCAGCUCAACAGCUUUUGCAACAUCCUUUCAUUCUUAAAUCUACCGGUGGUCCUACUCUCCGUCAAAUGUUGCCGCCGCCUCCUGCCUCCUAGUGUCUUUUAAUUACCAUUUUCAUCUUUCUUGCUUUCAAUUUUUCCACAUUUUCCUGACAAUUUUUGCAUACCCUGAACAAAGAUAAUGCAAAGAGUAGAGAACAGUCUGGUUUGUGAAUUGGGGUAUGAUUCGUCAGGAAGGAAAACUCAGUUUGUGUUUAGGGUUUAUUAAGUAUGCUGUCAAGCUUGAUUUGUCUUUUGGUAAUGGAUGAAGAACGUUUUGCUAGAAAUGGGAAUAAGGACAAGGAAGAAUUCUUAUGGUUUAUAAGUGAUCUUGGCUGAAUUUUGCAUGUAGUAGCUUCUUUAUUAUUGUUCAUAUAAGUAAAUGGAGUAUCUUAAUUACUUUUGUUAAUUCUCAUUAAUAAAGUUUCUUUUAUUGUCCUUUA